AUGGAUUCGGCCAACGCCAGAGAUUGUCUCACGCACCUCGCGAGAGUCAAGUUGACCGAGAGAGAAGAUCUUGCUCAGCUCAACGACAAGCUUAUCGAUAUCAUCGAGAAUGUAAGGAUGUUUUUGUGGGGCUCAUAGUUCAUUUUCGUUCAGGUCCAUUUCAUGGAAGCCGAGCAUGCUACUCUGCUGCACGACUGCAACCUGCUCAAGACCGGAAUCCAGACGGACAGCAGCGGAAUCAAUGAGAUCUUCGAGUCGGAGAUCAGAGUAAGCCAAUCUUCUUUGUUUCAUUUUUGCUCCCAACUAAUUGAUAACCGCCGCACAUAAAAGUCAUGACAAUGGAAUGUUGAACAUGUUUGUUUCAAUAGAGUUCUCUUUUGAUCAAACACAAUUGGUUUGGUUUCAGCGUACUGAUAAGUUCUGCGCGUCCGCUUCUUUGUCUUUGCAGCACCCCCACAAAUAGACUUGUGUGUCGGUUUUAUGACAAGCGCACUAAUCUUUACGAGCACUAGUUUUCAACGUGAAAUAUAAUUAUUAUCAUUAGGGAGUGGCAGCUGGUGCAUAUCACUAAUGUUGCUGCAUUAUAGUUUUCGAAAACGGGUGCAAUUGCUUACGAAGAAACUAUACACUGAUAACGAAAAAAGAACAAGAAAGAAUUGAGGGCAAGAGAUCACAUACACAAGCAAUUUUUUUCAGAGUGUCAAGGUUGUGGUGGAGGGCAUCAACAGAAACCGUCAACAGCUUCUGGCCGAGCAAAAUCAUCUGGCUCCGCAAGUGAAAGAGGCCGAGCAGCAAUGGAGACACUCUGCCAAGGCGUCGCUGGGAAUUCCACGCGAGGUCGAAGAGCAUUUCGAGCGGAUUCACAAAAUUCAGGCGGAGGUAUCAAAUUCAAAUCACAAAACCUUUUUCUUAAAGUGUAUUAAUUUAGAACUGCCUCAUACUCCGAAAAACUAAGUAUCUCGAGAAAAAAAACCUUCUUACCAAGCAGAACAACGGAAGAAUCUACGAGCAGAUCAAUUUGAUGAGAAUGAGAAAAGAUCAGGCUGUGAGCCUGCAGCAAGAAUACGUUAUCCGCAAUAAAGAACUUCUGAACAGCAUCAGAAACAUGGAGGAGGACAACAAGAGAAUCAUCAUGAAUGAGCACAAGUACUUUGUCCGUGAUCGCACCGUAGAUCGUCAUGCGUUCCGCGACCAACUCCGCCAGGGUAUUGCUGACAUCCGUGCCGACUAUGAGUUCAAGCGAGUCAAGACCGAACAAGAAAUCCGUCAGUACGCCGAGAAGCAGAUUCGUGACCUUGAAAACAAUGCCGGAGAAACUAUUGCUAGAGACCGUAUGAGAGAAGAGUUGACGAUUGUGAAGAGAAACUGUCAAGACCUUCAGCAGAGGGUGUCCGACACCGAGAUUCGGGUAAAUCCAGUUGUUGCAGGCACUUCUGAACUGUGUUUCUGUUUUAGAACUCACAUCUCACUCAACAAAUUGAACUGCUACGUUUGGAGAUCUCUGAGAACCAUCAUUCCUUUGAGAUCAGUCUUGACUCGAAGACGAAGGAAAUUGAUAAGCUAAGAGAGCAGUGCACUGCUAUCAGUUUGGAAUUGGAGAAACUUUGCGAUUUGAACAUAGUGAGCGAAAAUUUUGUUAGUGCUCUUUUUUAACGUGAUACUUCAGGACCUGCAAAAGGAAAUCGCUCAAUACCGCAGACUUCUUGACGAUUCGGCCCGAAGUGCAUCAUCUGUCGCUUCUACUUUUCAAUCAACCAGAAGCACUGUCAUCCACCGCCCUCCAGUUGUACCGCCACCGGUCUUCAUUCCACCUCCACGAGCCCCAAGCCCACGUUUCCCGAGCCCACCCCGUCAUGCUGAAGACAUAAUUCAUGACAGCUCUCCACCCUCUCCACCCUCAAUCUACAAACCCUCUAGAAUUGACUCGCCCUACCGCCCUCCUCGUGGCGACAUCACCACUCCAUUCUAUUCGGGAUCGCGUUCCAUCUACCCAUCUUCUGGUGCUGAUACCACUCGCCUUCCAAGCCCAGCUCCUCUUCCUGCGGUCUCUCCGCUGCCACCAAUCGCUCCUUAUCAGCCAUAUGAACAAACUAAAAAAACGGUGAUCGGAGGGAGUUCGCAUGAUUCAAAGAUUCAUUUGGACGGAGGGGUUAUUGGCUACGAAGAAACAACCGGAAUUGUUACCGGAUACGGUUCCAACCCUUCAGCCACUGCGCACAGCUCAUCUGGUCAUUACGCCGCGACUGGUCAAAAUUCGCAACCUUAUAACCAUCGUCCAUAUGAAUCUAGCAGCAGCUUAGAUAAGAGUAUCCAGAUUGCCCGCUACUCUCCAUACGUGAUCACAUCUCCACUCCCUCAAGGAGCUCGAGAUAUCGGCAGCUACGAAACGAGCAGUAAGUUGAAUGAACUCUGAUCUCUCAAACUUUUUAUUCUCAUCACCGCAUUCCUGUACGGCACUAAGAACCCUAAGAGACAAAACUUUUUUAAUGCUCUAUCACAUCACAUUGUCCAGAUUAGUGUCAAAAAUGUUUGGUUUUCGGGGUUGAUAAGAGUGAUGCGUGCGUACGCAAAAGCGGGCGAAGCGCAGCAUACGUACAAACUUUUUGGCAAAAGCUCUUAAAAAAAUUUUUACGAUUCUUGAUUUUCACUCUGCGUUUCAUCAACUUGCAAAAUGACGGGAAAAGGGGAGAGCAAAUCAAACAAAACAAAGCGGUUUUGGUUUCAGGAACUGAUAGCAUUGACGAUGAGAACUUCCAGAGAUUCACCAGAUGGUACAAGGGAAGAGUGAAGAUUACGGUAUCGAAAAAAUUAGAGGAACAGUUCACAGAGUGAUUUUAUAGGAUGUUACCCCCGAACACAUCACCCUGGUUAAUAGAAGCGCGACGAAAAGUGCGGCAAUCGGAGGAUUCAAGAUCAUUCACGAGUACGGACAAAACAGCGUCUAUGUCGACCUUCCAGCGAACUUGGUCCUUGCCCCCAAGGAAUCUUUCAAGGUUUGUUUUUUUUUAAAUCUUUUCGGUGUUUACCUCCAAACUCUUUCAGAUCUAUGCUCGUGGCGCGGCCCACGAGCGCGGAUCCGUCGUCGCUGAAAUCGACUUGUUCGAUACGACCGUCCACACGAACACGUCAAUCAGAAAUACCAGCAAUGAGGUACGUGGAGCUGGAGCACAAUGAUUUGUAGCUUUCGAUAAGUGACACCCUGUCGUCGCUCGUGUCUAUUCCUCUCACAAUUCAUAGCACAAAAAGACUGUGUAUUUCAGGUGAAGUCGUGGUUUGUUUACAUUAGCAACACCGAAAUCGGCGAUCAGCAUCAUUAA